AUGGUACUCACUGACCAACCCUUACGCCAGGUGCUACAAAAACCCGAUACAUCGGGACGCCUCCUUAAAUGGGCAAUAGAGUUAGGGCAAUAUGACAUAACGUAUCAGCCAAGAUUGGCUAUUAAAGGGCAGGCCCUGGCUGACUUUGUAGCCGAGUGGACCGGAACGCAAGAGGGCGACCAACCAACAAUAACCAGUGACGUCCAAAGGCCUGACCUGAGCGAUUCACCUGAACCACACGUCCAUAACUCCGAGAAAAAUGAAAACCAAGACUACCCCGGUGAAACCUGGAAGCUACAAGUUGAUGGUUCUUCUACCGACCAGUCAUCAGGAGCGGGGAUCACCCUAACAACACCGGAGGGACAACGAAUUCACACGGCCAUUCGCUUUGGUUUCCCUGCCUCAAACAAUGAAGCCGAGUAUGAAGCAUUAAUUGCCGGUCUGAAACUAGCAAAAGAGCUGAAGGCCAGACACUUAGACAUUUACAGCGACUCCCAGCUGGUUGUAAAUCAAGUUUUGGGAGAGUACAUGGCUAGAGGAGAAAAAAUGAUGGCCUACCUUAGCAAAAUACAAGACUUGCUUGCCCAACUGGAAGGGUACACCAUUCAACAAAUACCACGAGAAGAGAAUGCUACCGCUGAUGCCUUGGCAAGGUUGGCAACAAGUGAAAAGAUAGAUAAAGCCAGCCUUGUGCCAAUAGAAUACUUACCCGAGCCAAGCAUCCACACUAAAGAAGAAGUACUCCUACUCGAUACAACUCAAUCGUGGAUGACCCCCAUAGCCGCUUACUUAGAACAAGGGACAUUGCCCACAAACAAAAACGAGGCAAAGAAAAUGAGAAGGAAGGCCACCCGGUACCUAAUCAUUGAUGGUGUCAUGUAUCGGCGAGGGUACUCAAUGCCCCUACUACGAUGUGUACAUCAAGACCAAGCCCAACGACUAAUGGAAGAAGUCCAUGAAGGUUUUUGCGGUAAUCACGCUGGGGGGCAAAGCUUAUCCAAGAAGGUACUGAGGCAAGGAUUCUUCUGGCCAACCAUGAUAGAAGACUCCAUGGAGUAUGUUCGAAGGUGUGAAAAAUGUCAAAAGUUUGCAAAAAUACCAAGGGCUCCACCCAACGAGCUAACGCAAAUGCAGAGUCCAUGGCCCUUCGCUAUUUGGGGUAUAGACUUGAUCGGUCAGUUGCCUAAGGGCAAAGGAGGAGUGCAAUAUGCGGUAGUAGCAGUCGAUUACUUCACAAAGUGGACAGAAGCCGAACCCCUAGCAACUAUAACAUCCAAGAAGGUGCUUGACUUUGUGGUCAAGAACAUUAUAUGUAGGUUUGGAUUACCCCAUAAAUUGGUAUCUGACAACGGUACCCAGUUUGACAGUGUCCUGACAACAGAAAGAACAGCUACUGGUGAUACCCCCUUUGCCCUUGCUUAUGGGUAUGAUGCGAUGAUACCGGUCGAGCUAGACCCACCCUCCCACCGACGAGUGACAUACAACCAAGUCAGUAAUCACCAGAUGAUGAAUGAAUCGUUGGACCUAUUGGAAAAUCGUAGGGAAGCCUCACAAAUACGGUUAGCAGCAUACCAACAAAAAGUAGCCAGAUACUUUAAUUCAAAAGUUAAGGAAAGAAGCUUCAAGGUAGGAGACCUAGUACUACGCAGAGUCUUGGCCAACACUAAAGACCCAACAGCAGGAGUAUUGGGGCCAAAUUGGGAAGGUCCAUACGAGGUUACAGAAGUUGUACCCCCCGGCACGUAUAGGCUUGGCCGGUAUGACUCUAACAUGAACCUUGUACCAGUACCCCGAUAUUGGAACGGCCAACACCUCCGCAAAUAUUAUCAAUAA